CCUGGAAUGGAGAGGAAGAAUGAACGAGGACAGAUGUGAUGAAUGGCAGUACGCAGAGGCUGUCGGCAGUGCGUAGCAAUGGAGACAAAGCAAAUCCAGCCGUUGCUGGCAAAACGCGAGCAUGUACUACUAUGGACAGCGUCGUCGAGCCGCUCGGCUAUUAUCGAAUCUGGAACAAAGCAAGGCAGAUAUGGUCGUCGGCGCUGCCACGAGCAGCGAUGAGCGGUGGGGGUGGACGCGGGAGGCGGGAGAAACUCCGCGGACUCUAUAGCGGGCAUGUGAGACGCUGGAAGGCGCGUCUUACAAGGAGAGCGGGCGCUGACAACAUCGUUGAUAAUCUCCCCCUCGUCGUCCCCGACGGCCACCAUCUUCAGCCAUGACACACCUCUUGCCGCCCCAUGCGGACCUGAAUCUUGCCCACUCCUCUCUCCAGACCGCGCUCCAGAUCGAUCCCAAUCAGCAACCACCGCCGACUCCUCAGCAGCAGCAGCAUCCUCAGCCGCCCCCGCAAGUGCCGCAGUCGGCGUCGAGAAAGCGGAGAAAAGUCGACCAGAAUGGCGGCGAGUCGCAGCAGCCUGCCGAGCCGCGACGAUUGAGGCGUUCGCAUGAAGCGUGCGCACGAUGCAGGAGCAAGAAAAUCAAGUGCGACUCCAAGCAUCCUCGUUGCACCGCCUGCGCGACGGCAGGCACGCCCUGCCACCAGGAAGACCGCCAUCGCCAGACCCUUACCCCCCGUGGGCACACCGAGCGCAUCGAGCGCCAACUCCUCCAGUGCGAAGCGCUUCUCAGGCGGCACUACCCAAACUUCGACCUCAACGACCUUGACACCGUCCUUGCCCGCGAGGGCAUCGAGAUCGACACCAGCGACAAUGCGGUCUCGGCAACUUUUCAAUUUGCGCCCAAUUCGCCCCAGUCCGGCGCAAGCCGUGGAUUCCCUCUCCGCACCGAAGGUCCUCCCAUGGGCGGAUCGCCCCCCAGAGGCUACCCUUAUCCUGUACCACCACCUCCUGGGCAGCCCAUGAUGCCUCCAGCUUACCAUGGACCGAUGCCGAUGCACUAUCCACCUUAUCCUCCUCCGCAUCAUAUGCCUAUGCAAGGUGGCCCCCCACCUCCUCCAGGUUACGACCCUCGCGGCAUGGUCUCGCCGUUCCACCCGCUUGGGCACGCGCACCAUCCUAACUUGCCACCGCGCCCAUCUUCUCCCCAUGAGAUCCGUGGCCAAGACCCGCUAUCUCAGGACAUGUCGAACACGCAGGCCCUCGCGAAGACAUUCGGAGUGGCAAGCGCCAUCAUGCAAGACGUGACUAUCCCGCCGCAAGACAGGGAAGACUUGGCCGUUGGUUCGAGCGCCUUGAUUUCCGGUCGAGACCGCGAACUAGGAGACCCCUCCAUGCCUCGCGACUCGAACAAGUGGAUCUCCGUCACCAUGCGUCGAAACAGCGUCUCCGUUACACCUUCGAGUCCGGCACAGGACGCAGCUGCCGCGUCUACCGUUCCUGUCUGGCUGCCCAAGUCGCGCGAAACCGUCGGCAUCAUCCUCGAAGCGUACUUCUCGCGGCUCAACUUCCAUCGUCCCGUCCUCCUGCGCCACGACUUCGAGCAGACACUCAACCAGCUGUACGAGGGGCAGCCGAUCCCGCACGACCCCGGCUUCAUCUGCAGCGCGUACCUGGUGUUUGCGCUGGGCACGCUCAGCGAACUCAAUCACCGCGUGAGCAAGCACGAGAACAGCGGGCAACCUUCCGCGUCCGUCGGGCCGACCAUGAAGUCCCUCAUGCCGCCCGACUGGCCAGAGCACGAAGAGUUCUUCCGGUUCGCGCUCAUGGUCAAGCCUGAUCUGAGGGUCACAGUGAGUAGCUUGCAGGCGCUGAUUCUGCUGCACUGGUACUUGUACACCGAGCGACAGGGACGUACCCUGUGGCGUUUGGUCGGAAGCCUGGUUCGGCUCGCGAUCGAGCUGGGUUUGCAUCACGAUCCGACAGCUCAAGACAACGUGUUCUCGGAGGACGAGUGCCAGCUCCGGAUCCGGCUUUGGAGUAUCGUCCUCGUGCAUGACCGUGGAACGUCCAUUCAGCUUGGUCGCCCGCUUGCUAUUGCGCCGAGUGACUCUAACACUCCCCGCCCAACACGUGGCAAGGGUACGGAGAUCUCGGAGCACUUCGUCCUGAAUGCACCGAUUGCGGAGAUACAGGCGGAUAUCAUCAAUUCGCUGUAUGCGCCUACAAGGCAGACGGCGGACUCUAUCAUGCGCCACGCGAACAGGAUAAUCCGGAGCAUGAUUGUCUUCCGCAAGCAGCUGCCUGACCACUACAAGUGGUUCUUCAGCGGGACCGAGGACUGGUCUGUCGAGAGGCGCACGAAGCUCGUGGCGGAUAUCACGGAGGACGAAGGUUUGACGCUGCUGAAGAUUGGUAUCACGAAGAUCCUGCUGCUUCGCGCUCUGUUCAGCUCGAAAGAGCUCGAUUACGCCCAGAGGCACCGUGCGCUCGUUGAUGCCAUCGUUACGUCGCACAACAUCAUCGUUGUGCACAAUCAGCUCAUCAGGUUCCCCGACAUCGCUUUCUUCGUGUCUCCCAUCCCACUGCAUAUCGCGGCUAUGGUAAUUCUCUACGGUCACAUGUCGCGCUGCGAUCGUAUCCCGCCCCAAAUCGCUAUCGAGGACGUCUGGAUGGCUCUCGACAUGCUUCCCUCAUUCCGCUGGCGCUGGGAGCGCAAGGAUCUCAACCCUGGUCACCCGCUUAUUGUUCUUGACGUCAAUUUGCACCAGGUUGCGCCGAGCGGCGCGCCCAUGCUCCUGUCGGAACAGGACUGGGACGGCGAGCAUAUCCUCACGUCCCCGAAGCCAGGGCACAACCAGCAUACCUCAGGUCAGUCCCCGACAACGCCGAAGAUGGGCCCGGCGCAGUACCCCCCUAUGCAGAGCUCGUUUGGACCCCACGCGCCGGUUCAAAUCAAGGGGAGUCCGGGCUCCCGCAACGGCGACGGGAAUGGCGUCACGCCCAAGAUGCCCGAGGUUCCACAGUACUACUUCUACCCGAUCUACGGACCGGAAAAUGGGCCAGUGGGCGGGAACGGCCAGGUGCAGAACGUCAACGCGUUUGGGUUCCAGUCGAACCAGGACCAGUAUAUGCUGGAAGAGAAGGACAUGACGAUCAGCCCGACGGCGAACACGGCGAUGCAGAUUCAAGGGUGGCCGCAGAACGGGCCACGCACGCCGGCGAACCAGCCGCCGCCGCCCCAGUUUGCGCCUCAGCCUCAGGCCUGAGGUGUAUAGUUCGAGCGUCCAUCGUGGAUGCUACCAGUCUCCCAUUCACAUUCAUGGCGUGGUCGCAACUACCGCGCCAGUUGUAUCAACAAGCUGUAUGUUUUAGGUGUUUAUUUUCCCUCCCGUUUUGUCCACCGGUGCUGUCUCCCUCUCUCCCGACUCCCGUUCUUCGAGUUCUAUGCCAUCCUGUAAAAUGCUAUAUUGUGCCUACUCGUUGCCUCUAGUCUCUCCGCCGCUUCUCUGCUACGGUACCCGACGUUCCCCAAGGACCCUCCUACUGUUACUGUAUUCUAGUACGGUACCUGCACACGCUGGAGACCGUAUGCGCGUACAUACAGUACUUUCUGUCUCCUGCCGGUUGUAAUGUUCGCUUGCCCGCCCUCAUAUAUCUCUCUUGCCGGCUCUC